AUGUCUUCAGAGAUCGAAUCCGCGAACAACGAAUAUGCAACACAAAUCGAAAUAGGAGAUAUUUCCAAUUCCCGUUUGACAACCGAAGUGAUGGAAGAAGAGCAAAUACCAAAAUUACCAACUACCUUACCCCCAAAGAAACUCAUCGAAGCUGAUGAGAUACCAAAGAAGGAACACCUCAGCGAUUCAGAAGACGUACGUUUUCAAUUUUUGUACAACGUUAAUGCAUCUGAAGGCUUUUCAACGCAAACAUAA